AAAGGAGGCCCCGGGGGAGCCGCGGGCGGGGGGCGAGUUGGGGGGAGAGAAGAUGGCGGCGGCAGCCGAGGCCACGAACUGCAUCAUGGAGAGUUUUGUGGCCACCUUGGCUAAUGGGAUGAGCCUCCAGCCUCCACUUGAAGAAGUGUCCUGUGCACAGCCCGAGAGCAGUGAGAAGCCCAACGCGGAGGACAUGACGUCCAAGGAUUAUUAUUUCGACUCCUACGCCCACUUUGGCAUCCAUGAGGAGAUGCUCAAGGACGAGGUGCGGACGCUCACUUACCGCAAUUCCAUGUUCCACAACCGGCACUUGUUCAAGGACAAGGUGGUGCUGGACGUGGGCUCGGGCACCGGCAUCCUCUGCAUGUUUGCCGCCAAAGCUGGGGCCCGGAAGGUCAUUGGGAUUGAGUGUUCUAGCAUCUCGGACUAUGCGGUCAAGAUUGUCAAGGCCAACAAGCUUGACCACGUGGUGACCAUCAUCAAAGGGAAGGUGGAGGAGGUGGAGCUGCCCGUAGACAAGGUGGACGUGAUCAUCAGCGAGUGGAUGGGCUACUGCCUCUUCUAUGAAUCCAUGCUCAACACUGUCUUACAUGCCCGAGACAAGUGGCUGGCCCCCGAUGGGCUCAUCUUCCCUGACCGGGCAACACUGUACGUGACGGCCAUCGAGGACCGGCAGUACAAAGACUAUAAGAUUCACUGGUGGGAGAACGUCUACGGCUUUGACAUGUCCUGCAUCAAGGACGUUGCCAUCAAGGAGCCUCUCGUGGACGUGGUGGACCCCAAGCAGCUGGUGACUAAUGCCUGUUUGAUCAAGGAGGUGGACAUCUACACAGUGCGCGUGGACGACCUGACCUUCACCUCGCCCUUCUGUCUGCAAGUGAAGAGGAAUGAUUAUGUCCACGCCCUGGUCGCCUACUUCAACAUCGAGUUCACCCGUUGCCACAAGCGCACGGGCUUCUCCACAAGCCCUGAAUCCCCUUAUACGCACUGGAAGCAGACGGUCUUCUACAUGGAGGAUUACCUCACAGUGAAGACAGGCGAGGAGAUCUUUGGCACCAUUGGCAUGCGGCCCAAUGCCAAGAACAAUCGAGACCUCGACUUCACCAUUGACCUGGACUUCAAAGGCCAGCUGUGUGAGCUCUCAUGCUCCACUGACUACCGGAUGCGCUGAGCUGGCCUCGUGGGCCAUUGCUGUGGGCCCCGGCCCCAGCCGGCUCACCCGUUCCGGGCCUCCCCAGGGAGCCAGCCGCCACCCUCGGGGCCCAGAGGGCCAGCUUGAUGGUUUGAGGGCCCCCUAUAGCCCUUUCCCCUGUCCUCUGUCCUCCACCCCCAAGCCCUGGCUCCCUCCUGUGGGUGAGUGAGGGGCCCAGGGGCGACAUCGUGACUGUGUUUUUUCAUAACUUAUGUUUUUAUAUGGUUGCAUUCAUGACAAUAAAUCGUCAGCUGGGA